AUCCAAGAGACAGUCGGUUCCAGGUCCUGCGGUCGCUGGUCAUGGCCACGAUCGACGCGGUCUUCUUCCGGACCACAUGCACCAAGCCCGACGUCUUCAACACAGCCUACGUCCGGUGCCACCAGAACCAAGGCCUCAAGGUCAUCCGCUGCUUUCCGCAUUGCGACCCGAGCUGCUGCCAGCACACGUACUACCGCGGUUGCGGCACGUCCGUGAGCGUCCGCGUCCUCUCGCCGCUCCAGGCCAAGAGUACCGUGGCCUACGCACGCUUCCAGACUGCAAGCGCACCGACCUUUGCCGCCGGCGACUCUGUCCAGCGCGCCGAGAUGGCGGCCGAUUUGCGGUCACGAGCCAACCUCACGGGCAAGUGGCUUGAAGGCGCGCCUGAAAUCAUGGAUAACAGCCAGCUGUGCUUUCACUUCAACGAGAAGCGCAGCGAAGGCUGGCACUACGACUGGCACGGCGGCUCGAGCACCAAGAAGCGCUCCGAGUUGCACCACUUGGUCGUAUACCUGUUUCGAUGCGAAGACGCGGGUACGCUCGUUGUGCUGCGUGUUCUGACAUCGCCGCCGUUCACGCUUUCUUCGUACCGCCGGGCGAAAAGCCAAGCAAAGAUCAAGGGACCGACAGUCGCCGUGCGCGGGCGGGCACGGGCGGCGCCGCAGCCGUUCGCCUCGACGCCGCUGCCCGUGGAGCUCGUCGUACUCCCGCAGUCGUCGACACAAGAGACGGCACUGCGUCUCCUUCGGCUCUUUACCUUUUGCGACUCGAUCACGAUCGACGUUCUCGCCGACGCGUGGGAGGUCACGGAAGCCACGAUCUUGAGCCAGUUGCACGAGCGCAUUCAUGGGCAUCUGCGCGGGCCGUCGCCGCCGAUCGUGCCGCUGCAGGGUGUCCGAGCACAGCACCCACCGCCGCCGGCGCUUGUCACCGUCGCCUUGCACGUGAUUGCGUGGUGGUUCCACCCAUCGACGCUGACGUGGGUCGAGGCCUUCUGCGCCCGGCACCACGCGGCCGUCGUCGACAACGUCGCGCUGCACGAGGUCUACAACAUGGCCGUCGACACCCUCUCGGCGACGAUCGACUCGCUCCUGAGCAACUUGGACGAGAGCUUGGCGAGCGUCGCCCAGCAGCUGCCGCCGGCGCAUUCGUCGUCCAGUCACGCGGUCGGCUACACGACGCUCGUCAAGGUCAUGCGCGAGUCUUACAUGACGCAAGGGUUUGUGGCGCCGAUGCUCACGUCGCACGGCUUCAACGGCGUCUGGGUCUGGCACGAGGCGACGCCCGACGUUCGGCGCUGGGCCCCGGCGGCCCCGCCGCGCCUCCUCGACGUGCACAAGGUGCUCUCGAUGGUGUACGGUCUCGGCCUCUGCGUCGACGACCGCAGCCUGCAUGUGCGAAGUCACGUGACCUUGUGGCCGGCUGUUUGGACGCGCUUCGAGCUCGACCAGCGCCCGCACGUCUUCCAAGCCUUCCCGAAUGGCGAGUCGACCUUGCUCAACGAAGCCAGCAUGCUCCAUGGUGACUACGUCGCGUGGGCGUCCCAACCCGCCGCAUUGGCCUCGGACGACGGCAACGACGACGAUGAGCUGCAUCUCCAUCUGUACAGCUGGCCCGGCACCGCAUCGGCCUCCCCGCACUGCUACAUUGUCCGGCUCGACCUGCGCCUCCACUCGCCAGAUCGGCUCGAUGUCUGCGCGGUCGUCGAUGUCGUCCCGGCGCCGUCGAUCGACUUUUUCGGCUCGACGGCCGACGUGCGCAUCGAGUGUCUCGAGCGCAUGCCCCGCUCCCGCGUCUUGCUCCACGCCAACGUCGUCUACCUCCGCCACCACGUCGACGACGAAUGAAACGCGAUUGUUGUUCCGACACUAUGACGAGUAUCUAUGACGUUCGCUGAACGGUCCACCGAGAUCUGAGUCGGAGCAAACCGCCAAAGAGUUUAUGCAGGCCAACUCUACGAGGUACACGGCGCGUGGAGGUCCCUACGCUGUAAUGGAGCCAGG